CGGGUGCGACCCCGCCGGGGGCGCCCGCGGCCCGCAGCCGCCCUCUCCCUGUCCUCCCUCCGCAGGAAGGUCGAGGCCCAGCCGGCGCCCGCUGAGCUGUUGGUGCCGCACCAGGAAUCCGCAGGCCAGGACACGUGGAUCUUCGAGGAGGACGAGACUUCAACGGGACAGAAGAGCAGCUCCAACAAAAUGGGAAGGAAAAACGAUGAGAACUGUGACACCAACCUGCAUGUGUCAAGCGCCCCUCAGGAGAAUCUCUCUCCGUGGAACUUGAAUCCGGAAGAACCCCUUGCCGAAAACGAAAGCCUUUCGCCUGGAAAGGAUGGUGCGGCAGGCAAAACUAACAAGAACCAUCUGGAAGCUCCAGCAGAACAGCUGGUGUUGCAGCUGACUGUACCGGAGCAUGCUCACAAUAGAACACAGCAGAACAGUAACCAAGGGGUAUUUCAGCUAUGGAAUUCUCCUGUCAAUAAGGGAAGUACCAUGGAUAGCAGGGAAUUCAAAAAAUCUUCAGUGGAAACUGGUUUCAAUGUACCCAACGGUCCCAGGCUCUUCACUCUAAACCACUCAUUAACAAGCAUUCCGGGUUUGACAGACAUCAAGCAAACAAGUCCUUAUCCUGGACAGUUGAUGCCAGCAGGUCUCUGCUGGCCCUAUGCUGAUGGAGACUUUCUUAAGGACAGAAAUGAGAACUGGAAUUUCAAAUACAGAGACGGCAGUGUGGAAGACAAUGUCACAGAUGAGAGUGACUUAUCAGAAAAUGAGAAAAUGAAUGACUCCUUGCUCAGCUAUUUUAAAAAGAUGGACCUGAACUUAAAGCCAGAAACAAUAGAACACAUGGAGAGGUCUUUCACAGAGGAAGCAAAUGGAGUGUCUGUAUAUGCUGAUUUUCUCCCUGCUCCUUUCAACACUUUGGACUUGCACAGAUUUGCCCUCUCAAAAUGUGAAACAUGGAAGGCAGUAGUGGACCCUCCAGAAAGCUCCAUUGAGCGGUUAAUAAUUCGUUUAUUGGAACUGGAAAGAUUACAACAUAUGACCAUACAGAGAGAGAAGCCAAGGCUACAAAGCACUUUCUCAGUGUUUUCAAUGGCAGAACGACCUUCUUCCUCCAAAGCCAUUGCACUAAAAGCCAGGCCACCAAAGCUUCCUGACACAUUGCCUCUGCAAACCUCUAGUGUAGACAAGAGUAGAGACAAGAGAAAAAAUUGCAGUUCUGGCAAGCCAGAACAAAAAUGGAAUUGCAGUAGUUCUGGCAAAUGUAAGUCGAACUCUAGACCAUCGCCAAAAUGUCCAUCCACUGCAAAACAGAGCGUUGCGGCUCAUGACGACUUUAAGAAUUCCAAAAGCUCCAUUUUAAACCCGUGCCAGGAACUCCCACCCAAACCUACUACAACCCAAGCAACUCAACCACUGGCUAAAGUGGUCUCAACAAAAUGUCUUCCACCAAGGUCCCCUGUGCCGGUUUCUCCCAUACCCCUGUCUUUUCCUGAAACUCCAAAGGAAGAAACUAAGGCACCAAGGACCAAAAAGAAACUUCACCGAAAAAGCAUACUACUGAAUAGACCUUUCUACAUCCAGAAGCAAAACCGCUUAUCACCUUCACUUAUAGCCAGGGGCAAGUGCUCACCCACUGACCAAAAAUAGCUUCCAUACACCUCAGUGUGAGAAAAUCUAUUCCGUAAAACCCAGCAAAAAUAUGGUUUAUCAUUGAGAAACAGGUAUUAGAAACAAAAACCACCUCACCCUUACACAACAUGAUAUGGGGUCGAACUCAUGACGUCACUGCUGUGUCUAUAUGCAGCCAAAGGCUUCCUCACUGACAUAUUUGACAGUUCUUUGUAUCUUGUACUUCAAAGAAAUGUCUCAUUUAGUAAAGCAAAUUAUUCAGACGACUUUUUUUUGUGAUUGUUUUCCAGUAUGAUUCCAUCAUCAAUAAAUGGUACAUGUUGACUUA